AUUUAAAAUGAAAUUAUGAUCACAAACUGUGACAUAAUGACUCAUUUUUAUAUUACACCGAAUAUCUUUACUUAGACGGAACAAACGAGCUAGCAAGUAAAAUGAGAGCAGAACUGAAAACAUGGAAUCAGGGGCAAUUACGACAUUUUCAUCUGGCACAAUACGGCAUACGCUAAGCUUAAAAUCUAAUGAAACUUGCUUUAUCAUCAUCUCCGAGCUCCAGAAACCUCGUCAUAUCUGCAUAUCAAUGGCGGCAGCAGAACAAAUUCUGGAACUAUUCGAUUCGUAUUGGUUCAAGACCGCAGUUCUGAGCAAGAAAUCCCCUUUAUCUUCAUCGUCUCCAGCUUCAACCCAAAACACUUUUCCUCAACCACGACGACGAGGAGUAGCUAUUAGGUCCUUCACUGAUCACCAAGCCACGGUGGCCGCCUCCACCACCACCGCCGCUACAAAGAGUAGUUCUCUCUGGGAAGAAGGAGGUAACAGAAAAAGGGUCAGGGAUCAAUCGGGUCACAACGUUCGACCCAGAAUAGAGCUUGAGAUUAGGGAGCUGAAAGGGUUUAUGGAUCUAGGGUUUGUGUUCUCCGAGGAAGACAAGGGUUGUUCGAGGUUGGUGUCUCUGAUUCCUGGGCUGCAGAAAAUGGGAAGAAGGAGCAAAGAAGAAGAAGAAGAAGAAGAAGGAAGCGUCAAGCAAAGGAAAAUGAUUAAUCCAUGGAGUUGGAGUACUGGUGAGACUGACAUGAAACAAAGUCUUAGAUUUUGGGCUCACUCAGUUGCUUCCCUCUCAUUUCAGCGUCAACAUAAUUAAGUUUGUUUCCUAAUCUAAUUAAAAGUACCCCUUUUCAUGUUCAUACAUACAAAGUAAAGUUUGCUUUGUGUUUCUUAAAGAAGAGGACACAAGUAAUCAGGAAGCAAACCUGAUCUCUUGUUACAUGAUAAUAUGAACAAUGAGCUUUUUCUCUUUUUAAUUUUUAUCAUGUAUCCUAGCAUGUUGUUUGCAAGAAUAUUAGAGACUAAAUUUGUGUCGAUGAUGAUAUCUAGAAUCAUUACUGUA